CCCGCAGAGGGGCGGCCACCCCCGGGAUGCCCGCGGGGCCGGGCGCGCCAUGCUGCUCGCCGCCUACACCGCCCUCGCCCUGCUGCUGGCGGCGGCGCUGGGGCUGGAGCUGGCCGCCCGCCGCUCGCACCCCCCCGCCGCUGCCGCCCCCCCCGGCGCCAACCCGGCUUUUGCCCGCUUCCAGCGGGGUUUCCUGCGCGGCUACCUGCCCGCGCUGGCCGCCGACUGGCUGCAGGGGCCGUACCUGUACAAGCUGUACCAGCACUACGGCUUCGUGGAGACGCAGAUCGCCGUGCUGUACGUCUGCGGCUUCGCCUCCAGCGUCCUCUUCGGGCCCGUGGCCGCCUCGCUGGUGGACGCGCUGGGCCGCCGGGCGUCGUGCGUGCUCUUCUCGCUGACCUACUCGGCCUGCUGCCUCACCAAGCUGUCCCGCGACUACCUGGUGCUGGCGGCGGGCAGGGUGCUGGGCGGGCUGUCCACGGCGCUGCUCUUCUGCGCCUUCGAGGCCUGGUACGUCCACGAGCACGUGGAGCACCACGAUUUCCCGGCGGAGUGGGUGCCUGCCACCUUCUCGCAGGCGGCCUUCUGGAACCACGUGCUGGCCGUGGGGGCCGGGGUGGUGGCCAACGCUGCGACCGAGUGGCUGGGGCUGGGCCCGGUGGCGCCCUUCGUGGCGUCCAUCCCGCUGCUGGUGCUGGCGGGCGCCGUGGCCUUGAAGGACUGGGACGAGAACUACGGCAAGAAGCGGGCGCUCGCCAAGAGCUGCGCAGAUGGCCUGCGGCGCCUGGUGGCGGACCGGCGUGUGCUGCUGCUGGGCACCGUCCAGGCGCUCUUCGAGAGCGUCAUCUACAUCUUCGUCUUCCUCUGGACGCCCGUGCUGGACCCCCACGGGCCACCGCUGGGCAUCGUCUUCUCCAGCUUCAUGGCGGCCAGCAUGGUGGGCGCCUCGCUGUACCGCCUGGCCGUGUCCCCGAGGUACCGCCUGCAGCCCGUCCACGUGCUCUCGCUCUCCGUCCUCGUGGGCUUUUUCUCCCUCUUCAUGCUCGCCUUCUCCACCAACCCCAGCCAGGAGAGUCCAGCCGAGUCCUUUGUGGCCUUCCUGCUCCUCGAGCUCUCCUGUGGGCUCUACUUCCCUGCCAUGGGCUUCCUGCGGCGCAAGGCGAUCCCGGAGAAGGACCGGCCGGGGGUGACGAACUGGUGCCGUGUCCCGCUCAACCUGCUGGCCUGCCUGGGGCUGCUGCUUCUGCACGGCGCCGACCACGGGCCCGGCACCCGCAGCAUCUUCUCCGCCUGCUGCGGCCUCAUGCUGCUGGCGCUGCUCGCCGUCGUCGGCCUCUUCUCCGUCGUCCGCCACGACACCGAGCUCCGGCUGCCACUCCCCCAGGGCCAGCCCGACGCCCCCGAGCUGUGAUGCGGGAGGGGGUCCCGGGGGUGCCGCGGUGACCGAGGGGGAAAGCCCCCCCGGCUGGUGACCCCUGUGGUGCCCCCACCCUGGCGUCCUGCCGGGGACGGCACUGGAAGCACACAGGGACGGAGCGCCGCAGGGUGAGGGCCCCCUGUGCACCCCUUCGCCCCUCACCUUCUCUUCUUUUUCAAUAAAAUAAAGCGUUUCUGCACGUGC